AUGGUCUCCUUAGCAGCACAGCAGCCCCACCAACGGGCCUUCAACCCCUACACUGAAAACGGAGGAACAAUUCUCGCGGUGGCUGGUGCUGAUUUCACCGUAAUCGCUGGAGACACUCGCCAGAGCGAGGGCUACAACAUCCAGACGCGAUAUGCUCCCAAAGUGUUCAAACUAACCGACAAAGCUGUCCUUGCUGUGAAUGGCUUUGCAGCAGACGGCAACAUGUUUGUCAAGAAAGUUAAACAACGCCUCGAAUGGUACAGGCAUGCUCAUGCGAAAGACAUGCCGAUCCGUUCAAUUGCUCGUCUGAUACAGACCAUGCUUUACGCCCGCCGCUUCUUCCCAUACUACGUUUACAAUAUCCUUGGGGGAAUCGAGGAAGACGGUACGGGCGCUGUAUAUUCAUUCGAUCCUGUAGGGUCAUAUGAACGCGAAACAUGUCGGGCUGCUGGAGCAGCGCAAUCACUUGUACAACCGUUCCUGGACAACCAGAUAUACUUCAAGAACCAGACGCCCGCACCUGGAACGAGUUUCCCUCAACACCUACCCCUUCAGACGGUACUGGCCCUUGUGAUCGACUCUUUCACUGGCGCCACAGAACGUCACAUCGAGGUCGGUGAUGGUCUGGAGAUGUAUGUCGUGCUAUCGCAAAACAGCUCCGCUCUCCAGAGCUUACAGAACGUUCGGGGUGUCCAAGAAGUGACUGCAACAAACGAUGGGGAGCGGGUGUUUGUUAUCAGGAGGGACCUAAAGAAGGAUUAA